UAGUUUUAAGCCACUAUAACAUUAUUACUACUUUUUUCCUGACAAAAACAUCAUAAAAAAGCACACAAGACAAAAGAAUUAAGUCAAAGUGGAAGAAAGAAACAUUUUUCCAAAACAGUGUUUAUUAUGUUUAUGCAUAUGCAUUAACAGUAAGAGUUUGUAGGGUAAGAAUUGGAUUUUAAUGUAAGAAGAGAUAAGAGUGUAGGAACAGGGAAGUAAAGAAGACCUGGUACAACUACAACUGCCAUGUUCAGGGGUUCCUUGGAGUAGCAUUAAAGACACAUUUUCAGAUCUUUCUUUUCCUUACCAGCACAACCCAAAUGAAAAAAAUUUCAUUUUUAUGAAAAAAAAACAAUAACUUAUGGAAACAAAAAGGAAAGAAGCUUUUAUAAGAGGAAAGUUGCAUUGAUAUCUUGUGAUAAACUUUUAGCUGGAAGAAAAAAAAAAUGAGUUGUGGUUUUCUUACAAUGAUCUUUAUCAUUAUCAUCACACUCUUGAUUCCUCUAUCAUCAUCACAAAGAACUCACAUUUUGAAUGUUGGUGGUUUCAUCAAUGCAGCUAGAAGCUUCCAUGUUCAAAGCUUACAAGACAUGUAUUUCAUGAAGGAGAAUAAUGAACAACAAGAAAAUGAAAACCAAGUUGAGAAAAUCUCAGGAUUAGAUGAGAAUGAAGUGAAACAAGGUUUUAUUGUUGAAAAGUUUAGAUCUUUACUUGGAUUAAGAAGUUUCCACAAAAGGGUAUCUUCAAAUCUUGAUUCUUCUGAGUUUCUCACACCAUCACCUUCUCCGUCACCAAAUAUUGAAGCUGAAUCUCCUUCUCCAGCACCUUCACCAGUAAUGCAUUUGCAUCCUCAUUUUCAUCAUCAAAGACAUCAUUUUUAUUGGAAGCAAACACCUAAAAAGCUUCAUCAUGAUGAUGAUAGAGGCAGGGUUAAAAGAAUACUAGUAGCUGUUUUUGUGUCAUUAGGAGUUGCUGCAUUUUUUGGUGCUUUUGGCUUAAUCUUAUUCUGCAGGAAACUCACAAAUCACAAAAAGAAACCAAAAAGGACAAUGCCACUUUGCAACAAUACAAAAGGUGGUUUUCAAAAUUCAUCAAACAAUAAUAAGGUUAGUUCAAAUCAACGAUUAGAUCUGUUUUAUCUUGAAUCUUUAGGUGAAGAUAUUGAACAACAUGGCUGUACUUUGAAAAAGACUAGUAGUGAGAAUAAUGGUUUAGAUUAUGAUAAUAUUGUUAUAAAUUCUUCCACUAAGGAAAUUGUGUCGGUUCAUGAAGAAGUUGAAUUAGUAAAACAUGAAAAUGAAGAUAAAAUUGUUGAUGAAGAUUGUUGUAAUUCAUCAGAUGAUGAAAGUUUUCAUUCAUUUGUUGAUUCACAAUCAAAUACAAGACUUUCUAAUGGUAGCCUUAGUGACACACACACUUUGUCACCUCAAGAUUCAUUUUCAUUAUUACCAAAAGACCAAUUUCCUAAUUCUCCUCAAAACUUAAUCUCAAACACACAUUCUCAACAAAAACAUGAAGACCAAGAGAUUGAAGAAACCUUUGACCAAUGUCCAAAAACAUCUUCUUCACCACCACUUCCUCCUACACCCCCUCCACCACCACCGACACCCCCCUUGCAAAUGCCACUAUUUUCUUUACAUUCUCUAACAUCAUCAUCUAGAGUUUCAUCUCACUCUCCACUUUCAUUAACAUCUUCUCAUACCUUAUCAUCUCCUAUAAAUUCAGAAACUUUUUCAGGAUCAAAUCAUCAAAGUCCUGAAAAAGAUUCAUUUUCUCCAUCUACACCUAACCAAACAAAAUCUCCUCUUACCAACAAAAUUCCACCACCACCAUGCCCUCCUCCUCCAUUUCCAAAAGGUGCCAAAACACCACCUCCUCCACCGUCUCAAUUCCCUCAAUUUACACCACUUGGUAAAGAUGGUUCACCACUUCCAAAACUCAAACCACUUCAUUGGGACAAAGUAAGAGCAGCACCAAAUAGGACAAUGGUUUGGGACAAACUAAGAUCAAGCUCAUUUGAGUUUGAUGAGGAAAUGAUUGAGUCACUUUUUGGGUACAAUUUACAAAAUUCAAUGAAAAAUGAGGAAAGUAAGAGUAAAACUCCAUCUCCAAGCAAGCAUGUACUUGAGCCAAAAAGGUUGCAGAACAUAACAAUACUAUCAAAAGCUCUGAAUGCGACAGCUGAACAAGUAUGUGAUGCAUUAAUGCAAGGGAAGGGAUUGUGUUUGCAACAAUUAGAGGCAUUGGUGAAAAUGGUACCUACCAAAGAAGAAGAGGCUAAGCUAUUCAAUUAUAAAGGUGACAUCAAUGAAUUGGGGUCCGCCGAAAAGUUUGUGAGGGAAGUGCUUAGUGUACCAUUUGCUUUUCAACGAGUUCAAACCAUGCUUUUCAAAGAGACUUUUGAUGAUGAAGUUGUUCACCUAAAGAACUCAUUUUCAAUGCUAGAGGAGGCAUGCAAGGAGCUAAGAUCAAGCAGACUCUUCUUAAAACUUCUAGAAGCAGUACUCAAAACAGGAAACAGAAUGAACGUUGGAACAAUAAGGGGAGGUGCAAGAGCAUUUAAGCUCGACGCGCUUCUCAAGCUAGCAGAUGUUAAAGGAACCGAUGGAAAAACCAAUUUACUCCACUUUGUCGUUCAAGAAAUUGUUCGUUCAGAAGGAAUCAGAGUUUCAGACAGCAUAAUGGGAAAAAUAAGCACAAAAAGCAACAACAGAAACAGAACAGAAGAAGAGAAAGAAGAAGAUUACAGAAAAAUGGGACUGGAAUUAGUGUCUGGUCUCAGCACUGAAUUAUACAAUGUUAAAAAGACAGCAACGAUUGACUUAGAUGUUCUUGCUAGUUCCGUUUCGAAUCUAAAAGAAGGAAUGGUUAGGCUGCAACAUUUGGUGGAAAAAGAGUUGCUUGAGGAUGAAGUAAGCUAUAAUUUUGUGGUGAAUAUGAAGAUGUUUUUGCAAUAUGGUGAAGGAAAUUUGAAGGAGUUGGAAGGUGAUGAAGAUAGAGUUUUGACACGUGUUAAGGAAAUAACAGAGUAUUUUCAUGGUGAUGUUAGUAAAGAGGAUAAUCCAUUAAGAAUAUUUGUGAUAGUGAGAGAUUUUAUGGGAAUGUUGGAUAAUGUUUGUAAAGAGCUUAGAAGGUCUAAAACUACACGUGCACCAAACCCUCUUGCUCCUUUCAGAUAGAUUAGAAUUUUACACUUUUUUUUUGUAUUUUUUUUGUGUGUGUGUUUAUAGGAAUCGAAAAUUUUCAAACAACUUGAGUGUAAUUUUUAUUGGAAUAUGUUGACUUUUUGUUCUUUUACUUUUAUUGUAUAGUGCUACUUGUAGUGGAAUUGGAAUGUUCUUUGCAGCUUAUAAAAUUGUUGUCCCAACGUGUUUUUUU